AUGGUGGCAUUCCUGAUCAGUCCAGCUACAUGCAGGGUAGGCUUAAAGUUCCUCCGGAGCCAACCAUGUGAUGUCCAUGAGAACACGACUACAGGGACUCUUGUGUUUAACUGUCGAGGACGGGGAUUAAAAUAUGUGCCCAAUGUUUUAAGGAAUGCCACCAGCCUUGAUCUAUCUGAAAACAAUAUUGGGAACCUUACAAUGAAAGAUCUGAAAGGUUUGCAAAAGCUGAUCUACCUCAAUCUAGGAUGGAUGAACCAAGAUCACGGGGUGAACAUCACCACAAGGGUUUUCGCAAAUUUGACAAGCCUGCAGAUGCUUUUGCUUAAUGGAGCUGGUCUAAAACAUGUGCCUAACCCCCUUCCAAUGUCCAUAAACAAACUAAUUUUGUUAGAAAACAGGAUUACCCGGUUAAAUGCCAGCAGCUUCUCAGAUGUAAAAAAUCUGACUCAUCUAAACUUGUCAAAAAACUGCUAUUACUGGAACUACUGUUUUAUGGUCUUCCAGAUUGAAAAUGGAACUUUUUCCACCCUGACCAAAUUAAGACAUUUGUCUUUGUCAUAUAAUAAUCUUACUUAUGUUCCCAGAGGUCUGCCUGUCUCCUUAAUAACCCUUGAUCUCGCUUCCAAUAGCUUAAGGUACAUUGGAAAGGACGAUUUCAGUAAGCUAUUAAAUCUUAAAACCCUUAAAAUCCAGGGGAAUUGUCCACGCUGCCAAAAUGCCCCAUUUCCCUGCAUUCCAUGUCCCAAUGGUUCUAUUGAAAUUCAUGAACAGGCUUUCGACCACCUUCGAAAGCUUAAAUUACUGCACCUAGCAGGUAAUUCUUUAGAGUACAUAAAAAAAUCUUGGUUUAAAAACAUCUGGAAGCUGCAAGAGCUCUACCUGUCCUACAAUUUGCUGACAAAGGCUAUUGAGGAUGGAGGGUUCUUGAGUAACCUUCCAUUGCUGAGAAAACUUGACCUUUCAUUUAAUUACAACCUGAAAUCUUACCCCGACACUGUGAAGCUAGGAUCCAGUUUUGCAAACUUGUCCUCUCUUCAUACGCUGCACAUCCAAGGUUUGGUUUUUAAAUCAAUAAAUCAGUACACUCUUAGUCCUCUUUAUGACUUGCAGAAUCUGUCCACAUUGGACUUAGGAAUCAAUUUUAUUGUUCAUGUCAAUUCAAGUGUGUUUAAGCUAUUUCAGAAUUUGAAACUGCUGUAUCUGUCCGAAAAUCGUCUGUAUCCAAUCACCAACUCUGAAUAUAGAAAGUCGGGUACUGACGACCACCUGGCUUAUAACCUGCCCAUGCUGACCAGUUCAAAAAAGGAACAGUCUUUUGAGAUCCAGAGAAAACUUGUUAAAAUGGAGUGUUAUGCUGCUGGCCGUGUGUUGGAUCUGAGUCGAAACAAUCUGUUCUUUAUUUCCCCUCAACAAUUUGUGGGUUAUGAGACCAUAUCAUGUCUUAACCUGUCUGGAAAUGGCUUCUCUGCAGCGUUAAAUGGAACAGAAUUUGCAUCUCUGUCUUACCUGAAAUACUUGGACUUGUCCUUUAACAAGAUUGAUCUGGCCUACGAUAAUGCCUUCAAAGAGUUAAAUAAACUUGAGGUGCUGGACUUGAGCUUCAACCCACAUUAUUUCACUGUGCCUGGCGUGACCCACAACUUGCAAUUCUUAAAAAAUUUACCCUUUCUUCGAGUGCUAAAUAUGAGUAAUAAUGGCAUUUUUACUUUGACGACUAAGCAGAUGUACAGUGACUCUCUCAAUGAGCUCCAGUUUCAGCAUAAUUACCUGGGAAAACUGUGGAAAGAAAAAGAUGAAACAUACGAUAAAAUCUUCCAGAAUUUAAAAAAUCUGACACAUCUGGACAUAUCCUACAACAACAUCAACAAGAUCCCCUACAGAGUCUACACUUACCUGCCAGACACAAUGAAAAGAUUGCGACUGGCCCACAACGACCUGACAAGUUUUAAUUGGACUUUGAUGAGGAGGUUCAAACAUCUGGAAGAGCUCAUUCUUAGCUCCAACUACUUGUUGUACAUUAGUAAGAACAUUAGUGUAGACAUCCCUUCUUUGCAUUACCUUGACCUGAGCCAUAACAAAAUCUCGCAGCUGUCUAGUGGGUUUCUUCUUGGUGCCGUCAACCUCCACUGGCUCGAUGUGAGCUAUAACAGACUCGCCACCAUCAAUCAGUCCACCUUCCCGUCUAAAGCUGAAAACCACCUGAGAAAUUUGUGGCUCCAUGGCAACCCUUUCCGCUGCACAUGUGACAUCAUGGACUUUAUUCUCUGGAUCUAUCAAAGUGACAUGAAGAUUCCCAAACUGGCCACUUCAGUAAAAUGCAGUCGUCCUGAUAUAAAGAGGGGCAAAGGGGUGAUAUUCUUUGACAUUAAAGAAUGCAUUGAUGACCAUUUAGCCUUUCUGGCCUACUUUUGCUCCACCUUGCUUAUUUUGGUGGUUACAUUUGUAGCAACUGUGAUGCACCUGUUUUACUGGGAUGUUUCUUACCUGUUCUACUAUUUGAAGGCCACAUUUAAAGGCUACCAGGACCUAAACUCUGAAGAUUGUAUGUAUGAUGCCUUCAUCACUUAUGACACCAAGGACCCGCAGGUCUCUGAAUGGGUCCUAAAUCAUCUCAGGUUUCAGCUAGAAGAACAAGGUGAACACUUACUUCCAGUCUGUUUGGAGGAGCGCGACUGGAUGCCUGGAUGUCCCAUGCUGGACAGCCUGAACCAGAGCAUUCGUCAGAGUCGUAAGACAGUCUUUGUUCUCACUCAUUCCUAUGUAAACAGCGGCUCAUUCAAGAUGUCCAUGUACUUGGCACACCAGCGGCUCCUUGAUGAGAGCAAAGAUGUGAUUGUGCUGCUGCUGCUUGAGCCUGUACUGCAAAACUCACAUUUCCUUCGUCUGCGGAGGAGACUAUGUAGUCAGAGUGUCCUCGAGUGGCCUCGGACACCUGCUGCUGAGCCUUGGUUCUGGCAAUGUCUGAGGAAUGCAAUCCGGAUCAAGAAUAACGUCAUGUACAACAAAAUGUAUUCCAAAUACUUCAGCAUUGUGGAAAGACCAGGAAUAAAAUGAUGAACAUGGACAACUGCCCAAUGACAUUCUGACAACUUUUUUUAAACGAUUAAUUUUAACUUAACCAUUUCAUGUGGUCAGGGUUCCUACUGACUCUCUAAUGCAAACCUAGGGGUCAGCAGAAGCAGACAUUUUACUUUCUGCUUGUUUUUAAGGGGUGGGUGAAGUAGAAACGAGUAUCCAGAGAAACCCCACAAACCUGUGGAGAACAUACAAAACUUCUAAUGAACAUUAAACAGAAUUAAAGAUUGAACCUUGUCCCCAGGACCCAUGUUGUAAUGCAGCACCCAUACUAUCAGCUGUGGUAUUGUGCAAUGUUUUUUUCACUGUUCUGAUUAAUGGUGGGGCAGCAGAUUGUGCCACAUGGCACCAGGCUUCUGCAGACCUGGGUUCAAACUUUGCCUUUUCUCCACUGUCUGACAGAAGGUUGCUUGGUUUUAAAUUGUCCUUUGUAUAAAUGUGGUAGUGAAUGGGUGAGUGUGUGAGUUUGAGAUGCCCUGAGAUAGAAUGGCACCCAGUACCCACAGUGAAGUGGUUAUUAAAUAUUAAAUGUUAAACUGAAGUGUUUUUUCUCCUUGUAACAUUUAGCUAAUAAAGUUUAUGUGAACUGACA